AUGAGCAAUAAUACAAGUGAUUACCUAGGGCUUCGAAACAACAAUUACAAUAGAAUACCGUCUCAUGCUGAUCCUCUUUUGCCAAGCACCAUAAAUAACAACGAUGCAUACAUUUACGACGAAUCAGAGACGGAAGGCGAAUCUAUUAUAGCAGGGCGUAUUUUUGGGGACGCCGCUGUUAUAAAUCAACGUCGACCAAACACGCAUAACGCUAUUACUAACAAUAACAGCAGUAACUACAACAAUAUUAGGAGUGGAGUUAGCAGAAAUAUUAAUGAGAAUAAUGAUACUGAAGAUGAUGAAUCUAGUCAUUAUAACGAAGAAAAUAGUCCAGAUUCAAUAACGUCUACCACUGAGUCAAACAGCAAUAGAAAUACAUGGGACAUUGAAAUUUCAAUGUUACCCCCAGAAAUGCAAAGCAGCAUUAGAAAAACUUAUUCGGCUACGAGAACGGAUGUUGUUCAUGCCGCUCAAGAAAACAAUAAUAAUAAUAAUGGAUCAUCAUCAUCAGAUAAUGAAGCUAGUUUUGUUACUGCCGAUAUCGACGAAAGUCUUAGCAUAUCGGAAGAUAGAAGUCGUACUACUACAGGUGUUGAUGAAGCAGAUGAAUCGAAUCUAGCAGAGGACGAUGAAAGCAUAUUUUCUCACACGUCAAUAAAUAUUAAGAGUAAUAGUAAUAGUUCAGAUAAAAAUAUUCUCAAUAUGACAAUAGAUACAGAUUUGACGCGACCUUCUCGACGAAAAACUCGAUUUGUAGCCAGAUCACCUACCUCGUCAAGAUAUACAAGAAAACGAGCCAUAAUUCGACGGGCUAGUACCAAAUUAAUUUCAGCCAACAACAAUAACAACAAUUCUUCGAACUCUUCGCAAUCAUCAAUCUCUACCAAAUAUGCAUCAUCUAUAACUACAGAAGAGCAAAAUUCUACAAAGUAUUCUACAUCUACAUCUAUAUCAUCAGAAGAUUCAAUUCUACAAAACGCGAAUCCAGUAAAAGCCGAUUUGAAAACACUAGAAAUUUCCGGAGAACUUGAAGAAAUUGAUGCACAAUUCCAAGAAUCUUUAAAUAAAUUCUCGAAAAACUAUCAAGAUUCUACGGUUGCACUCGCCGAAAGAUCCCAAUUAAUGAAAAGAAAUCAAGAGUUGAUGCACACACUUGCUGCCAAAGAAGAAGAAAUCGAGUACUUGAAGAAUGAACUUUGGUCUUCUGAAAAAAAGAUUCAAGAUUACCAGACAGAUAUGCAAGUGAUGAUGGAACAACAACAAGAGCCUCUCAUUUUAUCAUUAGAAGAUUUAUCACGUAUUGAAAAAGAAAUAGAAAAUCAAGAAGCGCUUAUUCGUGGAUAUCAAGUAGAGAAUGGAAAGCUUACCGUACAACUAAAAGAGGCUAAGGCACAAUUGGAACAUGUGGUGAAAGAAAAUGAGUUACAAGCGACACAAGUACUCGAUUUGAUGGAAGAUAUUAAACAUUUGAAUUCGGCGGUCAAUGAAAAAGAUAGUACUGAUUAUGUGUCGGAGGCGGUGUUGCAACAGAUGGAUGAAAUGAAACAAGAGAUUCAUCGUCUAAAAGAAAAAGAGGCGACUUUAAUUGAAAAAGAAAUCGCACUAAAGGAAAUGGAUGAAAUGAAGAAAGAGUUGGCAGAGUUGAAGGAUCGUGAAAGUAAUUAUAUGAUAAAAAUUGAUGAUUUGGAAAAUCAAUUGGAUAAUGCACGUGAAGAAAACGAAACUUCUAAUAGAACAAAUACUGAAGCAAUGGAACGACUUACAGAAGAGAUGAAUAUGAUGAAAUUUACUUAUGAAUCUCAAAUUGAAGGCAUAAACAAACAACUUUCAACGAAAGACGGGCGUGAACUGCGAUUUAAGAAACUAAUAACUGCAAUGGAGCAAAUUGAAGAUGCUGCAGGGAGGAAUGCAGAGGUGGCACGAAUAUAUUCUGAAUUACGAAGAAAUAAGUCAUUGCCACCGCGAAAAAGACGCAAAUCUGUCGGUGACCCAUCGAAGGAAUUACCUGCUUCACCUACAAGAAAAGCCACAAGAAGAAGAUCACCGUCUCAGUCUUCUUUAGGAGGAAGAUCUCGAGCAAGUACAAUGAGUGGUAGAGCUAGUCCAACUCCUUCUGUCCUAUCAUAUAUAAGUGGAAUUAGUCAAGAGGAAUUUGUUGACUUUGAGGAAAAUCCAGAAAUCACGGAAUUAAAAGAAAAAAUAAAGAAACUUGAAGAAUCGAAAAGUGAAUCGGACGCUUCAAGGGAAAAACUGGAAGAUGAUGUUAAAUUACUGAAGGAAGUUAAGGAAAGAUUAGAUGAGGAAAUUCGUACUCUUAAACGUGACGCAGCAGAUCGUAAAGAAGAAUAUGAAAAGAAAUUACGGGAAAUGGAAGAAAUUUUAUUAGAAUUUAAUACAGAGAGUACAGGCAAUGCUGAAGGUUCUAACGCCGAUAAUGAUGAUUCAGAAACUUCAGCGCCAUCAACUACAACGCCAGUAAUACCGCCUAAUGUAAUUGAAGACUUAGAAAAGAAACAAGGUAUUAUCGAGGAAUUGGUAGAGAAAUUAAAACGAAAAGAAGAAUCAUUAGUAUAUUAUCAGAAUGCUUAUCUUGCAAAGGUAGAAGAACUAGAAAAAUAUGUUGAAGCAACUAAAAAAGCUGUUGCUGUUGCUGCUUCCUCCGCAAAAGAUGGCGCGAUUGAUUAUCUCAGUAACUCGGUACCGAUGACAGCCGACCUCGCUUCGUUACCAAUAACCAGCGAGUUUUUGGCUGGUCUGGGGGAUGGGGGCGAGUUUAAUGUAAUUGAGAGGCUUAUUGCCCAACUGGAAAGGACAAUUGUUGAAAGGACAAUGCAAUUAGAUGCUGCUCAUCAACGAGCCACUGAAGCUGAAACGAAAUUAGUUUCUUUAUCAAAAGAAAAAUUAUCUUGGGGUGUAGGUUACGAUAAACAAAUGAAAGCUUUAAAUAAACAAGUACAAGAGUUGAAUGAACUUUUACAGAUGGAGAGAAAAAAUUCAAGAAGAGUGUUGGCAGCUGCAGCAGCUGCCAAGCAACAAUCUUCUGCUCCCUCGGUAGUAAUUAAUGGAUUGCACAAUGUUGAAAAAUCCAAAGAUAAAGUUACGGCUUCGACAGCAGCAAUUGCAGCAGCUUCAACAAUAGAAAAAUUUCAAGUCCGGAUAGAAACACUUACCGCAGAGAAUAAUAACCUGCGAAUUCAAUUUGAAGCUUUACAAAAGAUGCAUGAAGAAACGAUGAACAUUUUAACAGAUAGUCAAAAAAGUUCGUUAGCAAAUAAAGAUUUAGCUAGUUUGAAAAUAUUAACCAUAGAAAAAGAAGCUGAAAUUGGCGUUCUCAAAGGACGACUGGCUGGUCUUGAAAACGUGGUAAAACGACAAAAGGCAAUACUAGCAAAGGUAUUGCCUUCCUCAUUAUCGAAUGGCGACGCAGCAGCAUCAGUUGAUACAAAAUACUUUGUAGAAAAUGACAGCAUUGAUGAUAAAUCGCUAAAAGAUCUAAGCGAGGCGGGCGCUCAAAUUGUACAAAAUCUUCGCGAAGAAAAUGCUCUUUUGCGACAAGCAAUCGCUGCAGCUUGUCAUCAACAAUCGCCAUCCAACAAAAAUGAUACAGCAGAGAUCCAAAAAGCAGCCUCGAAAACCGCUCAAAGUUUUGAAACGCUUGCCUCGCAAAUAGCAGAGAUGGAACAUCGGUUCGCUGAACGAGAAAAAGAGUUGCUGCACGUGAUAGAGGACACAAAAAAGCAGUUUGAGACUGUCAUGAAGAAAUUGGAUCAUAAUAAAGUUUAA